ACACAUUCGCCUUUAAAAAAUGUCGUUCCUAGUUGGUUGUGAGUUCCUAGUAGGAACAUUAUGUGUGUUGCACUUGUAGUGCAUAUGAUAUGACUUAACAGAGUCAUCAUCCGACUACACCAGCGAAACGGUAGAUGGCAGAAUACUUUGGAUUUGACCGCGAAAAACAUCCGCAUGUUGACGAAGAAAUACAGCGCGUCCAAUCACAGUAAACGCAGCUUUCCCCAUGUGACACUUUAUAAACAGUGUAGAAAACGAGCAAGAUGUCAGCAAACAGUUGUGUGACAUCUAUCCGGCUUGAUUCCCUCAAACAAGCUGACAAACCACAGAUCCACCUGUUACCUUGUGAAAUAGAGCAUGAUGGACCCGCUGAAGUCUUCAAGUACUUUAAUCCCACUGUCAAGGAACGCAAACAAGAAACAACUGUGUCAUUCAGAGGUCGGGGGCUGAAGGGUCAGGAAUUGAAUUGUCCACAAGGAUACACAGGACUAGUGCUGAAAGAGGUCCAGAAGCCUGCGUCUGAUCAAGAGGACAGGAUAGUUAAAGUUUCUUCAGUGUUCCAUAAUUUCACAUACUGGAACUUGGAGACGCGUCCCACCUCUGAUGAUGGAGUUGUGAUGGCUAUGGCAUGGCCUCAGCUAGCAGAGGCGAUUCACGGACCAGUAGACGACUGAUAAUGGACAUACCUGCUUCUUAAGUACAUUGUUACAGUUAAACAAAUGUGAGAAUUUUUCUUUUCUGGAAGUCAGAACAACUAACUCGCUGGGCUGUGGUAUUGACCACCAUUUUUACCAAACUGAUAUUGAAGUAUGAAUGUCACAAUUUAAUAUGACUAACUAUUAAAGUCUUGUUUUAUUGUU